AUGGCAAAGGGAGACAUGCAUGAGUGUGGAUUUACUCUCACAUACCGCGAAGGCGAAAAACAGAGUGGCGUGACCGCCGUGGAAGAAGAGCAGCGGUCCCUCUCCAAGUCAGAGGAUGCCUUUUUAAUGGGGACGUCCAUGAGCGUUGACAGUCAAGCGGACACGUGUGGCAAACCCCCUCCGCUGCUUGACGCCACGAUGGAUCCUGUAUUCAAUAAGAGUGGGACAGAGAAGGGGCAAAAAGAGCAAUGCGAAUUUAAUGCAAGCACUGGUGACUUGCGACUAGAAGCGGGGUCGGAAGAUGCGGCGGGUGCACAAGGUGUGCAUGCCAUGGUGUCGUCUACACCGUGUCAACCACAAGGAAGUAUGACAACUCCCAUUGCGGAGCGUGUUGGGGCGAUUGCUGGCUCCGUGUGGCAUGACAUGAUGCAUGCCCAGCCGAAUUUUCAGGCCACGCCGAAGCUGACUCUGCAAUCACGUCUUUGCUCGAUAUCGCCACGGAAGCCAAAUGCUUCUCGAGAAGGGGGUUUAAUACCAUCCUCUAACGUGUUUUCGAUGUCACCAGGCACAGUUGCACCUUUUACACCUACGCUGAUGACGGCAUUGACGGCAUCACGCAAUCGUUCGCCAAGGAUUCCAUACCUCCCGCCAAAGACGUGGGAGGCACAUCCUACGCAUAACCUGAAUGGACCCAAUGACACGGCAAAAGAUACAAGCCCCAUGUUCCUGCAGGAUAGUUCUAGAGGCGGGGAAGGCUCGGUUGGCUCCUCUACCCGAUCUCCAUUUGCGCUGAAGCAGCCAUCUCUUUCCACGGCAGGAGUUAGCAGUUUGUCAUUCAGCUCAAGGAACUGUAAUAUGUAUCCAUUGGACUCCCUGUGCUCGGUAUCCACGCCGAGUAAACUUCCCUCUAGCAACACCGAACAUGCAGACGGAAAGGGCAGCGUGCAUCAACUUUUUUUACCCGAAUCCGUUGCGGUGACGAAUAAGGGCAACUGUUAUAGCGCCUCGCGUGGCGGGGCCAAUUGUAGCGCUAGUGGUAACGCCUCGAAUCAAUCCUCAAAGCUUCAACAACCGACGCCGAGUUUGUCUUUUCCGUUGCUAGUGAGUUUAACCUCGAACGACUCACGAGGCUCGGAGAAUCCGCUACGCAUCGCCAAGAAUGGUCGUUGUCAUUGUAUGGAUUCCGUUUCUGUAAGUGGGCAGCGCCUUUUGCCACAUAAUGGUUUGGGCCAUAGAAGUCCCCAGGCGAUGGCCAUUGUGCCCCCGCACUUCAGGCGGGCAGAUUACAGUCAUACGCCUCACCAGCCACGUCGCCAAGAAGGAAUGAAGACGCGUAGUGUACAAGAAUUACUUGUGCAAGAAGUCGUGAGCCAGUUGCGUCAGUUGUAG